CAAAGCCGGUAGGCCGAAGGAGUAGAAGAGGACCACUGCUUUCUCUUUGCGCGCUCCGCAUCUAACAGACAAAUAAACAACGGACGGGCUUUUCAGUUUCGUGUUUACAUGUGUGGUGACCGGUAGUUUGAUAGGACUUUACAGUCGGACUUUAUUUUUUUUAUCCUGAUUCCAAUAAGGCACGUGUCACCUUAUUCUUUACGGCAAGGAUGCCAGCGGACGAGCUUUAUUGGAAUCCGAUGGAAUUGGAAAGCGACGAGUCGGUGCCGUACCCGAAGCAGUACAUAGACCCAUGGGAUUUGGAGAACUACGCUUACAUCCGUCAGCAUUUGGAUUCGGUCGAUCUGAAUUCAUCAGAUCCAAGCAGUUUGGGUGAACAGGAGUCUUCAGGGUUGUACCAUGUACCGGGGAAGUACGAAGGAAGGCCGAGAGGAAGAGAUCAUCAGUAUUAUUCGCCGCAGUACGAUUCGCUGAUGAGAUCUGAGCAUGGAACAUCCAAUUACGCCGCGAUCGAUGAGCUUACGGUACAAAACGAUGCGAUGCGUAACAGAAGAUCGAGCAGACCGUCGGCCAAUCAAAAUAGAAUUUACUCUCGACAUCCCGAUGAUUACGUAGAUUUUGAGCAUCCCUACGAAAUUGGUUUGAAGGAAGAGAUUCCAAUGCAAAUAUACGAAUCACAUAGGCCGAAGCGUUCCAAGAGUGUUUCCAAAAACAUCAUUGAAGAUAAGCAAACCAGGAACAGAAGUCGUAGCUUCUCCAACGUGGAUUACGAAUAUGACCCUUAUGCAGUACAUCAGCAACCAAUUUACCAUGGCAUGGAAGACAUCUACGUGAAGCCAGACUACUACGAUUCUACAGGAACAUCUCCGAUCUACGACGAUAUUAGAACCCAUCGAAAACCCAAGAACUUCAAGCUCAGCAACUACGGCCACCUGGAGAUUGAUUACUCGUUCAGUUGGAAUAACCUGAACAAUUACAUCUACAACUGAAGUUAUCCAUGUUAAAGCCUCUAGCUUAUCUACGGAUUCGGCCAUGUAGAUAAUUGGAAUAGAGCGCUUGGAAUUAGGAAUAAGUGCGAUUAGGAGGAGGUUCAGUGAAUCCCCCGAAAUCUACAGUUUUUAUUCGUUUUAUUCUUUGUUAAGCCGAGAAAGUAUUUAUAAUUAUUUUAGACUGAACAUUUUUUCGGAUCAUCUCCACGUUUACAUUAUGACACUUAUAUUGAGAU